UUCCUGUUACUUAUCGGAUUCCUCAUUGGAUUUGGCUGCAACUGGAUCGAAUCAUGCGUGUAAGCAAUCAAUUGGUUCUGUAAGUUUCUUAUUUGUUCGCUUUGCUGCAGGAUUUCCAUUUUUCAUAGAUUUUCGGCCUUUUUCGUUCAAAUUUCGCUUGUUUUUCGUUCAAAAAUUCAAAUUUUGGAUUAGUCUUUUCGUCCAAAAUUUUCCGAAAAUUUUCGAAAUUUCCGAAUUUCGUCCAUUUCGUUUGGGGGCGGUAAAAUUUGCAAAACGAAAUCCAAAUCGCUGCUGCUCCCUCCUCCAGUGCCCAGCACGUCCUUCCGGGUCAAGCCGCCGGCGGCGGGAGGUGGAGGAGGUCAAACUGUUGGGCGCGCGGGUGCGGCCUCUGACGCCCGACGCGCCGCUGCGUCGGGGCACGCUCUACUUCCUCGUCGUGCUCCCGCACCGGGCAUGGUCGGGCAACCUCCGCGUCGGCACACGGGAGCGGCUCGAGUCGCUCAUGCUCGCCCGCGGCUCCACCUUCGACCUCUCCUCCUUCCAGGGCAUCCCCUCCGUCCCCGUCCCCGCUCCCCGGCGGCGCGGGCGGCGGCACGCCCGUGCGUCUCAGGAUGCGGCUCCCCAAGGCGUCGACACCGCCGUCUCCUACGUGUUCGCGCUCAAGGGCACCGACAUUAGGUACAACGACCCAGUGCUCUUCCUCGACACCGGCAUCUGGCACCCGCUCGCGCCCACCAUGUACGACAACGUCAAGGAGUACCUCAACUGGUACGGCACCCGUUGCGACGCCAACGACAUGCUCAAGAACCCCGAGGCGCCCGUCAUCGGCCUCGUCGUGCAGCGGAGCCACAUUGUCACCGGAGACGACAGACACUAUGUCGCCGUCAUCAUGGAGCUCGAGGCCAGAGGAGCCGAGGUCAUCCCCAUCUUUGCUGGCGGGCUCGACUUCUUUGGCCCAAUCGAGCAGUACCUGGUCGACCCCAUCACCAAGAAUACGUUCAUGAACGUUCUGGUGUCCCUCACCGGGUUCGCGCUCGUCAUCGAGCCGGCCAGACCACGGGGGAGUGACUCAACAGCACCUUGGGCCUUCACCCCAUCCAGGUGGCGCUACUGGUCGUGCUCCCGGGGCUCGACGGUGGCAUGGAGCCCAUCGUGUUUGCCGGACGGGACCCCAUAUCAGGGAAUUCGCAUGCACUGCACAAGAGGGUGGAGCAGCUCUGCACCAUAUCAAUCAAAUGGGCAGAACUCAAGAGGAAAACUAAGAUGGACAAAAAACUAGCCUUCACCAUGUUCAGCUUCCCACCAGACAGGGGCAAUGUCGGCACUGCAGCAUACCAAACAGGUGGAGAAGCUGAUGUGGGAGAGCCGGGAC